AUGGCCUCGCAGCCUCCGGCGGGCUCUGGACCGAUGCCGGCCUCCUCGACCGGCCCUGAUCGAGGCUCUGGAGCCCCUCCGGAGCCGUCCCCAACCUCAAGGGCUAAACGCCGCCGCGAUACCGAGGCCCAGCCAGCCCGGCCCAGCCUCGUGGGAAGCCAGCCCGACGCCUCUACGACAACCCCCUUAACGGCUAAGGGGCCCUCAACUGUGAAUGGGACAGCUGCUGGAGCUGUCCUUACAGCCCUUAGUGAAGAGGCCAAGCUCUACGAAGCCCGAAAGGAUGUCUUUAUGGCUAUCGCCCAGUCUGUAGACAACGUGGUCUCUUGCUUUGAGGGGCCUAGGAAGCAGAUCGCGAAGGAGGCUACAACCUACGUAGUUCAAGCCUUGAAAAGGAUCAUGGGGAACGGAACGGCGGCCCCGACCCCGAGCCGGAAUUGGGCUAAGGUGGUAGCUUCGGCUGAAUCUGCAGCUGCAGCCCCAGCCCAAGCCCCGGCCCCGGCCCCGGCCCGCACCCAAAACCCAAUCCAUCCCCAGGCUCAGACUCAGACUCUAGCCCAGCCAAAGGAGGACCUCCAGGUCUUUGCCCGCAUCCCCGAGGAGGGCCUAACGGCUGCUAGGAAGCAUGCCCCUUUUGCCCUCCGCCGGAAGGUCUGCCAGGCCCUUGGCCUGCAGCUGGCAGAUAUCCCACAUAUUUACCACAUUGCAACAGGCUACUCGCUGAGACCCCUGAACAAGCAGGUCCAGCAAACCCUUCUUACAAACAAACAGAAACUAGCGGACAGCCUGGGAGCUUAUAAGGUUGAAACACCUACUAGGUGGUUUACUUAUGUUGUCCCACGCUGCCCUGCUAAGCUGUGGUCCCUUGAUGGUGAGGCCCUCGACCUAGCCACCCUGGUAGAAGAUGAGGUCCUUGCCCAGACAGGGCGGGAGCCUAUCUGA